AUGUGUAAACCGUUGGUGGUUUUUCAAGAACUCGAGCAUUCGGCUGAAAUAACAAAAUUUAGUAAAUUAAUUGAUAAUAUAGAAAAUGAAAGAUUUAAUUUAAUUAAAUUUUCACACGUUUGCUCAAAAGAUGUUAAAAAAUGUGAUGAAAUCCUUGAAAAUUACGAAUUAGCACUUAUUGAAGCCUGUCAAAAUGGCGUUCAAUUACCAUAUAAAAAAACUGAUAAAGUUACUUCAAGAUGGAGUUUUACAGAAUCUGCUUUUUUUGCUUCAACCAUUCUUACGACAAUAGGGUAUGGCAACACCGUUCCAAACACAUUCUGGGGUCGGCUAUUUUGCAUUCUAUUUGCGUUAAUAGGAAUUCCCUUAACAUUAUCUGUCAUCGCGGACAUGGGAGUACUAAUGGCUACUGCCCUUUCUACACUUCAUAAAAAAGCAAAAAUAUAUUUAUCAAAUAAGGUAUUUAGUACGUACGUGAACCCAUGUUUCAUUAUCAUUAUUAUCAUUAUCGUAUUUUUAAUUACAGAACAUAAUACCAAAUAUAAGUUCGUCAACUAA